AUGUCGACCGUCCCCCGCGCAAGAUGGGUCCAAGCCCUCAUUUCCGUCAUCGAGACGGCAGGCCAAGAAACGUUCUCAAACAGUCCCCGAAUAUUGCGCGCACUGAGGCAAUACCUCGCCGCGUCUCUCAAUACGCGAGGCUGCAGGUCUCCUUCUGCCCUUGUCCACGAGUCGGCGGGGUCAGCGUCAUCAAGCGGCUGGAUGCUUGCGCUGAAACGCAUGGCUGAUUUGAAAAGCGCUUGGCAUCCCCUAGACAAGAAUACGGCUCACACGUCUCCUAUCAUCAAACGAGCUCUCUCCUUCGGGAAGCAAUCAUGGGCCGAUCAGCACCACGAUGACAGCGCCGAGCCUCUUGCUUCGACAGACGGUUCCCCGCUCGACGCAGAGUGUGACGGUGAUGCGCCCGAGCCUUGCUCAUCCGCCAAUACUGUCCAUAUCGAUGAUUACCCCUCCACUUCCGAGACCGCCGGACCGGAUGAGCCCCGCGUGAUCACAACGUUGUACUUACCCGACGCCUUCAAGACUUUGCUACCUCGACUCGGCAGAACCCAAUCGUUCCCCAGGCCCCCGACCACUAGCGCCGCUGGAUUGCUUUUAUGCGGAGCCAGCUCUUAUAUGCCCUCUCUGGACUCGGUCGGUACAGAUUACUCGCGUAUCUCGCGGCUCUUCAUUGCGGGGUACUGA